GAAAGAUCUUCGAAUGUGACUGCGACCUUCGCCUUCUCUACUUGGUCUCCUCCUCUCUGCUUCACCGUUCAAAUGUUCGUGGCUCUAGAACAAACCAGAUAUCCUCCAUUUCUCUUCUACCCCUUGCGAUCUUAUUCUUCCUAUAUCUGCGUUCACUGCCUCUUCAUCCAACUUUCCUGGCCCGGGAAAAUCGAACUACAUGGCCGUUAAGGCAGUCUUUGGUCGUUUGAGUAGCAUAUAAAUUAGUUCAAGUUCAACCUAUUUGCUAUGUUUCAACAAUGCUGACCAUGCAUGUUUCAUCAGCAAUCAGAAACGUUGGGACUACUGUAGAUGCAAAAAAAUUAAGUCAGAUUAGUCAGGGCAUCUUACAUGCUAAUGUCAAAAGGAAUGCUUUAGUUCUUCACACGUCCUCUGAGAGCAAUUGUUUAUCAACACUGCCUUUGUGUACUGGCUUUUAUUACUAUUCUGUACGAGCAUCAGGUCAACUCAUGUGGAGGACUUCAAAGCAAUAUCAUUGGCAAAUUUAUGCAUCAUCGGAAGAAGAAUAUCGUUCAUCUCGCAAUAUUGCAGUAAGUCUUUUGAGGCGGUAUAGGAAUGUUAUCAACCGAGGAGGUAAUGACAACUUGAAGGAGUUUAUUGAUGCUGGGGUGAAUGCAUAUGCUCUUGGUUGCACUGAUGAGAGUUUGAGGAGAGAACUUUUGGACAUGAAGAAUUCUGGAAUAGAGGUUGACGGGUUGCAAUCUUAUGGAGGAGGCACUAGUGUGACAUAUAAAAUUGUUUCAGAGGAGGUUCGAGAAUGUAUUUUAUGGUUGAGCAUUGUAUUCAUCACUAUUUUGUGCACGCCACAACCAACCAUUGUCAGGUGGUCUUCUACGCCACCUGUAUCCACUGAAGUAAUGCAUCAGUGGAAAGGAUUUUGUGCUCUAAUAGCUAAUGCAUAUUAUAAACGAGGAAUGGCCUGGUUAGCACAUCUCUCUCUGAAGUAGGGAUGUCUACCAGAAGCAAUACUUGGCCAGUAUAAUGAUCUGGUGCAGUGAAAGUUGGAAUAUUUGUAGGAAAUUUUAGGGUGAGGAGCUGGCAUGGUGGCCUGCGUAGUGAAUUGAGAAAUCUUCUAAUACUAAUCCGGCAUUGCAGUACUUAGUUUGUUUGUUAUGGUAUUUCGUUGUUUUAAAACAUAACUUUUUUGCCUUGUAGGUGUUAGUUUUUUUGCUUCUGGUGAGGCAAGACUUAAAAUAUCGCCUCAUACUAUA